AUGUCUCUGCACUACCUUCCUCCCGUCAAGCCCUCGGCCAUCGCCCUGGGAGCCGUCUUCAACCAGAGUGUUGAGACAGCCGUCCUGAGCCCUCUGUUCGGUCAGGCCUACCAGAGUGCUAAGCGCGCCAACUCCAGCGAGCAGUUCAUCCAGUCCAAGGAGGCCACAUCUGUCGCCGUCGCCUGGGGCACGACCGCUGUCGGAUCCGCCCUGCAGAGUUAUGGUGUUGGAGCCCUGAUCAACGCAACUGGGACCCUGUCCUACAAGGGCGCGGCCUACCUCGGUGGCCUCAUCUUCCUGGCCACCUCUGCUCCUACCUUCAUUGCCCAAGUGUUCCAGGAGAAGCGCGCCCUCGAGACCGUCGGUAUCUCCGUCGUCGCCAAGGCCUUCGAGACCAUUGGACUGGCAACCUUCCUGACCUGGUGGGGCACCCGGACGAACCCCUUCGAGUAA